AUGUUGCCGACCUGUCAAUUAUUAACAAGUUCUUUGAUUUUAUCCACGUUAUUCUCAGUUAGUCGAACAAGACCAGUUGUAUCGAUACCGAUCAACCUAAACUCAACUUCAAUUGAUAUUCUACCGAAAAAUUCAAAUUCUACUUUACUUCAAGAUAUUUUAUGGGGAAAAGAUAAGAAAAAGAUGGUUGACACUUCAACUUAUAUAACUUUGCGAGAAAAUGAUUGGAGAGAUGCACAUGAAGGUAGAAUGAUUAUUUGGAGUCUUGAAUCACAAUAUCAUCCUGAUUAUGGAAAAACUUAUAGUAAAGGAAGGAAAAUCAAUUAUGAGCAACGGUUAGUUUUAUUUCGAUGACAAGUUGAUGGGUUUUAAGAAGUUCUGAAGAUCUAAGCUUUAGGAGAUACACUGAUUCUGAAUAGAUUUUUCCAAAAUUGUGGUGAAUUGUUGAAAAGUAUUUUUAAAAACCCGAGAAACCUCUAAAUUCUAGAAAGCCUAUAACGCCUAGGAUGACUGGGAAGUCCAGAAAGCAUCAAAGGUUCAAGAUUCUACAAAAAGAAAUCCUCGGACUAUUUUUUUGCAUUCAAAGUUUUUAUUUCCAAAAAUCGCAUGUGUUUUUUCUUGCAGACACACAAAAUCGUCGCAGCUAAUGUCAUUUUGUAUAUUGGGUUCAGUGAUCGGGUUUAUUUUGUACACAUAUUUUUCGCACGUUUUAAUGGUUCGUCGAUUGGAUCGAGAACUUGAAGCAACUCGUCUCAGGGAACUCGUUCAACGGUACAAUUUUUUGUUUUUCAAAUCUAAUUUGCUCGUUUUUUUUCGGUUCACUGAUUCUAAGUAAUGUCCAGCUCAGCUAUUCUGAUGUUUUUUUUUUGCAGAUCGGCACUAAUAAUGGCAGGUUCUGUGCAACAACAAAACGAAAUCGAUUUGACCGAGAGACGUCGAUCUCUAAUUAAUAUGUUUAAAGCUUUCAAAUUGUAA